CAACACCCAACACCCAUCAACUAUGAAUUGUCUUCCUUUCUCAUCACCCUUUUCUUCUUCUUUCUUCCUUUCCUCUUUUACCCUAUAAAAAGCCUAUUCUCUUUCCCUCUUUCUUUCUUACCAAUAAAAUGAAUAUGCCCUUUUCUUAUUACUAGCUAGUUAGUUAGUAGAUGAAUAGUAGUAGUGAAAACAUCAAUAAUAGUGAACACCUUCAAACCCAUCAUCAACACCAACAACAACAACAAGAUCAUCAUCAACAAGAUCAACAAAAUAAUAUAACCCAAAACAAUAACUCUUUAGAAAUGCAACAAUAUCAUCAUCAUCAUCAUCAAUCAGGAAUGGUAUUUCCUGAUCUUUCUUCAACCCCACAUCCAAUUCAAUCUCAACCCCAUAUUUUACCAUGGGAUUUCUCUCAAAUCCAUUCUUUUCCACAAACCCAUGAUCCCUUUUUCUUCCCAUCUUCAUCCUCUUAUGGUGGGUUAUUUACAAGAAGACCAUCCAACUCAUUACAAUUUGCAUACGAAGGGUGUUCUUCCGAUCAUCUUAGGCUUCUAUCGGAUGCACUUGGACCCAUGGUUCAACCCGGGUCCGCCCCGUUUGGACUUCAAGCUGAACUUAAUAAGAUGACUGCUCAAGAGAUUAUGGAUGCAAAAGCUCUUGCUGCUUCUAAGAGUCAUAGUGAAGCUGAACGACGUCGUAGGGAGAGGAUCAAUAAUCAUCUUGCUAAAUUAAGAAGCUUGUUGCCUAGUACUACUAAGACGGACAAGGCCUCAUUACUAGCAGAAGUGAUCCAACACGUAAAAGAGCUACGAAGACAAACAUCGAUGAUCGCCGAGACAAGCGUGAUUCCAACCGAGACCGACGAGCUGACAGUCGAUCAAGCAUCGGAGGAGCAUGACGGGAAAUUUAUAAUCAAAGCAUCAUUAUGUUGUGAUGAUAGGUCUGAUUUAUUACCAGACUUAAUUAAAGCCCUAAAAACCCUUAAACUAAAAACCCUUAAAGCGGAAAUAACUACCUUAGGAGGUAGGGUUAAAAACGUAUUAGUGGUAACCCAUGAACCUAAUUCAAGUAAUCAAUUAGAAGAUGAUGAAAAUGAAGAAGAAUCCUCACAAUGUUCGAUAAGUUCGAUACAUGAAGCUUUAAAAGCAGUUAUGGAGAAAUCUGGAGGGGAUGAUCAAUCUAAUUCGGGUAACCCUAAGAGACAAAGGACAGCAAAUAUUUGCAUAUCUUAAUUAAUUAAUUAUAUCUGAUUAAAUACGAGAUUAGUGUUGAUUAAUUAAUUAAUUAACAAGGUUAAUUAUAUGGUCUCUUUGAGAUAUUUUUGUACUAGCAAGGAUGACCUUAUUAUUAUUGCAUGUAAGGGUGUUUAAAAUCGAAUUUCGGAUUAGUAUGGAUCUGAAAAUUCGAAUAUCUGAUUUUUGGGAUAGAGAAAAUCUAGAUUAUGGGUUUUAUUUUUAUUUUUAUUUUAUGGUUUUUUUUUUGAAUUUUUCUUUAGUUGCGUUUAUUUGCAUGGGUGUGGUGUUGAUUAAUUUACUAUUAAUGUAUGAUGUAGGGUGUUUGUUUGAUGAGACAUAUAUAUAAUGAAAUGGGUUGGAUUGGAUUGGAUUUUGUUUGA